CUGGCCUGUCCAGCCUGUGCGUGCCUCACAAUCCAUGUCCCUCUCGAGACACAUCAACCGCAUGAUUAUCACUGCUCCUCCAACGGCUGCGUCUCUUGCGUAUACGUCUUACCUUUAUUCCUGCUGCCUGGCUGCAGUUUCAUUCUGUCAACACACUCCGUCCGGCUCACUCUCGUCUCGCAUGCUAUUACGAAUGCAUUCCUCCCAAUGAGAUAACACAAGGAGUGCCAUCAUUUCCAGCUCCGGCUAUGUCCCUCGCUGCGGCCAUGUCUACCAUGCAAGCAUCUCCCGAUGCUCUGGCUUCGCGGCCAAAGGUUGCGUCCGCAAUUUCUUUUAGCAGAUUCGAAGCCUCGUCCUCAUCCUCGCAGCCCACGAGUCUAGACACAAGCAGAGCUCGAGCAUCCACGCUAUCUGGUACGACCGCUGCUACAGGCAGUCCUAUGGUUUCUUCUCCACAAAGUGCACUACCCUCGGCAGUAGAUGGAGGGGAGGACGGCGAUGACAUAUUUGCUAGCAAGGACGACGUCUUGAGUCCGACUGUGCGAACGCAGGAGAGCUUCGAAGAGCUUCCCAUCGAGAUACGAAGUCUCACGGAGAGAUUCCUGAAGGACCUUACAGCCCCGGUGCAUUCCCAACCCGUUACCGUCGACACGCUCUCCGACCUCUUCCAGGAGUUCUACACCAAAGUCGAAUCCCACAUCGCCGCACAUAUAGCUACCCUGUCCCUGAAGAUCGGGCGCGAACGCUCCCCUGCACCUUCUCGCUCUAAUACGAAGAGUGCUGGUGCAGGCACCGCAACACCAACGCGUAAAGUCAGCGCCGAACAGCAGAUGCUCACGGCAUCGGAAGUGACCGACCGUAAGAAAGCACGACGACAAUUAGAGUUGAAAAAGACAGCGUGGGAAGAAACGGUGGAACGCACUGUUGUGGAGAAGGUGUACUCGCGAAUCUACCGGCAUAGGUCCACGGAUGACGAGGAGCGUGAUCACAAGCUGCGUUCGCGCAUCGCCGCUCUCUCACUCGUUGGAAUAGGUCUCAAGGAGCUGCUUUCUGGCGCCAACGAGAUUCCAGACGACAUGCGGCAGAAAACGGUGGAGGAGCAGGACCGCAUUCGCAACCUUCUCGCCGGCGCAAGGCAGAACAUCCAGAAUAUGGACACCGAGAGGAGCCCGCUCGGAAAGCUGCAACACCUUGCGUUGGCGCACAAGUCCAUCGUCGAGACUCUGUCGCAACUCUUCCCCAGCACAUCCUCUGCUGACGAGAUCCUGCCCACCCUUAUAUACGCGCUCAUGACCAUGGAGCCGGCAUCCGUGAACGUUGUUAGCAAUUUGAAAUUCAUACAGCGGUUCAGAGCAGCCAGUAAGGUUGAUGGAGAGGCGGCUUAUUGCCUCGUUAACCUCGAGGCUGCGACCGCCUUUUUGGAGACAGUUGAUCUAGCGUCGCUGAGGGCGAGUGAAGCACCGAGUGGGCCGUCAGUCAGCAAGAACGUUGCAACAAACAGGCCUGUGACGCCGCGAAUAAACUCUGCGCCAAUGGAUCUAGGUGUGGAACCCGCGAGUGAUCCAGCGGCUAGUGGGAGCAGUAGCCCAGGAACCAAGCCUCCUCCGUCCCCAACAAGCAAGCAGUCAAGACGAUUGAGUAACCUCAUUUCAAAUUCGACGAAUCGUUUCAACGAAGCAAGUGAUUCCUUUAGAGGCGCGGUGUUAGACGGUGCAGAUACGGCGUUUGAUACUAUACAGAACACACUCAACAGCAGUUUCAACCUGCUCUUCGGCCGACUACGUGAGCAUCAGGCACAAAGCGGCAACGACGCUGUUUCACAGGAUGUUUUACCCAAGACAUUAGAAGACGCUCGAAAAUUGGUUAGUACACCCCCACAGGGAGCGGAGGAAGAGGGCGAUGCGUCCAGCAUCGUCACCAGCAGCACAAUCCCUGACGGUGAGGAUCCACUUUCUAAGCCUGUCGCUCCCAGCAAUGAGCGCGUAUCAGAACUGUUUGGUGGAAGACGGCAGAUGCGGGAUAGGAGCGUAGAUAGUCACCAUUCAGGAAGCAGCGCUGGCAAGCGCGUCGCUUUUGAUGGAUCGUCCUCCGCCUCGCAGACAGUCCCAAACAACACACCAGCAUCAUCGAGCAAUGCCGCUAUAGAAGGCAUGCGGAACUUUGGCAACACGAUCAAUCCACUCAAUCAGCUGUCCCGCAUGGGUGGGCUCUUCGGUCGCAGCGGCAGCAUCGCGACGCCGCCUGCGUCUACACCUCCGACCGUCAUCGAGAAACCGCUUCUGGGCUCCGGAUUAGCCAACAGGAGCAGAAGUUCCUCAGAUGCAAAAGCCCUUUCCGCCGUGCAAGAGCUGAAGAAGAUGGCGCCACCAAGUAAGAAAUUCAUCGAGUGCAAGGACGUGCGGGACCUAAGGGUCGGAGAGCUGGAGGAGUUGUUGAAGGAGUAUCAACGGAUCGUGAGGGAUGUUGGAAAGAUCAUCGCAUCCGUUUAACCUCGACCUAAUCCUUUUUGGCGAACUUUUGAUCGGCGUGCUAUUAUUCCAUGUUCUGGCGUCUGGGUGUGGUUUUGAAUAUGAACAACGGCGCGAAAACUGAGCGGCUGCAUGGUUUGGUCGUUGAACAAAAAGCAUCGGUUGUACGUAGACGAGCAAGAGCUUGAAAACGGUCUGGACUCGGGUGGGCGUUGUCUCUGUCGGGAGGUCUUUGUCUUCGAAACACGGGUGUUUGCAGUGUGCUAAGAAUGAAUUGCUGCACUCGUUUCGGUUAUGCUUUCAAUUCGCGGUGUUCUAAUUGUGUAUCACACGAGACGGAGAUGUGGUCUGUCUCCUCAUAUGUAGGAAAGUCUUGCAAGCGCUUUCUCACACUCGCCAUCACCCAAUCAUCCCACUAAGAUCAAUAACUUCCAGCCUGGG